CACCAUGAACAGCACCCCGAGGGAUGCCCAGGCCCCCAGCUACCGUGAGUGCCUCCUGCCUUCCGUGGCCCGGGCCCCCUCUGUCACCCAGGUCACUCCAGCCAAGAAAAUAACUUUCCUCAAGCAAGGGGAUCCCCAGUUUUCUGGGGUUCGCCUGGCUGUCCACCAACGCACCUUCAAGAGCUUCGGGGCGCUGAUGGAUGAGCUCUCCCAGCGCGUGCCUCUCUCCUUCGGGGUGCGCUCCGUCACCACGCCCCGAGGUCUGCAUGGCCUCAGUGCCCUGGAGCAGCUAGAGGAUGGUGGUUGCUACCUCUGCUCCGAUAAGAAGCCCCCCAAGACCUCCAGUGGGCCAGGCCGGCCACAAGGGAGAAGCCCCUCUACUCAGCAGUCCCAGGAUGUGGAAGGCCAGGGCAAGGCGCCAGGAACAUCCUCCUCCCGGAAAAAUCCUAAAGCCCCAAAGAGAAUACUGCUGGUGAAGAAUGGGGAUCCUCGAUUCCAGCAGACAGUGGUUCUCAGUCGCAGAAAUACCAGGAGCCUGUCGGCCUUUCUCAGCAAAGCCUCGGACCUUCUGCACUUUCCCGUGAAGCAGGUGUACACAGCCAGUGGGAAAAAGGUGGAUUCCCUGAAGGCUCUACUGCACGGCCCCCCAGUGCUGGUGUGUGCUGGUCCUGAGUCCUUCAGACCUCUGGCAACGGAAGGUGCGAGAAGUGGGACUGAGAUUUUAUCGGGUCAGACUUCAAGGAACAAAAACGGGAGCUGGGGCCCCAAGGCCAAGCAGAGCGUGAUCCACUCAAGGUCCAGGUCGGGCAGCAGGCCGCGGCAGUGUCCCUUGUUGUCGGAGAGGUCUGGUCUCAGCGACCCCCUGGUGCCCCUGCGUCGUGCCUGGAUGGGACCUGCUCCCGACGGGCACCCUCAGGACACGCCUGCCCAGCUCGGCCCGUUCGUGGCUGGCGAUGACGUGGAGAAGAAGGUCCACGUAAAUGAGGAUGGCAGCCUGUCUGUGGAGAUGAAAGUCCGCUUCCACUUACUGGGCAACGACAAGCUUCUGUGGUCCAGGAGGGUUGGGAGAGCCAGCGCCCUUGCAGUGGCCAGACGGGGGAGCCCGGUUCUGGGGGAGGCGGACCCCCUCCGCUGGGUGUGGGAGGGCCACCCCGGGGGCUCCUCAGAGCCUGGGGCACAAGGACUGGGGACCCGAGAAGUAGGAUGCGAGGAAGCCUUUGAACGAGGCCAACGGCAGCCAGCGUCCAGAUGUGAGAUCUGGAUGAACCCCCUGUACGCUGCCCAGGGAGAGGGGACGGCCGCUCGGAGGAGGGCCGGGCCGGCCCCCUAUGCCCACCCCAGGGGCCGCUGGGGCCAAGGGGUUGCUGGCGGGAAAAGCAGCAGCAAGGACAGCGUCCGUCCUGCCUUCGGUGACGGACCCCCCGAAAGCUUGGAGGCAAACUCCUCCUGCUGUUCCAGGUCCCCAGAGGGCAGCGCAGGCAGCUGCGACCUGCAUCCGGCCUCAGGGGUAACCUCCCAGAGACGGCCAGGGCGGGAAGCUGGCCGCACACCCCAGGCCGGUGGAGGCCCAGGCCCAGAGGGAGCAGGGCAGGGCAGCAGCGGCCACUGCUGCCGGAAGCCCAGGACCCGACGCAUGACAGGCACCCUUUCCGACUCCUCAGCGAGGGCCGGGUCUCAUGAGGAGUCCGGUGAGAGGGGUGAGCGGCACCAAGGCCACCCCAGCAAGACGACGGCCGUGACUUCCCCACGGAAAGCUACCCAUGGAGGAGGGCCCUGUUCCUCCACCAUGAAUCUCUCAUCUUUGAAGAACAAGGACUUGUGGGAAGAGGGGGAUGUACAAGGCUCUGGACACCCCCAGGCCAGGGAUGGGUUUGGGAUGCAACUGCCCCUGCCCUCGGACCAUUUUGGCUCUGGGGACGUUGCAGAAGCCUGGUCCCCACCUUCCACCGGCACCUCAGCCACAGGCAGGAGAAGAAAGCAGGAGAGCAGAGUUGGUGCUGUGUCCUCACCCAGCAUUCCUGGCCUUGGCCAAGGGGCCGAGAGAGGCCGCCCCUGGCAGCACCACAGCCGAAGGGAUGCCCACUGCCCACUCAACUCGCCUGUGUCCAGGCAAACACCCGGGCCUCCCAGCACAGGCAGGGUCUGCCCAGCCAACCCAGCGCCACACUUUUCUGGAAGCUCAUCAAGCGCCAAGAACCCAGCAUCCCAGGACCCAGGGGCACCCUCCUCUGCCUCUCAUCCUUCCCAGGAUGCACGAGGGGUGAGCAGCACCCCCCUUACUCCUGUGAGCAAUUUAGACGGUGCUUCCAAUUUCUGCGGCCCCUACUCUCCCUCUGCUGAGAUCGAAGGGAAUCCUGAAUUUGGGGCCCACUCCCUUUCCAGCUUAUCUGACUCUUUCAGCUCCCAAGCCAAUGGCCAGGGUGGAGAUGCAGGAGGCAGCGCCCCCAAGCCCUCCUGGCCCUUGCUUCUGCCAGUUGGACAGCAGGAGGGGGGAAAGGCAGGAGUCCACCAAGAGGUCUGCUGCUCAGAGAUGGGCCCAUCCGGGGUCUGCAGCACGUCCCGUGGUGAGACGCACGCCCCGCCCCAGGGCAGCCAGCAGCCCCUCUCUGAGGCCUGCCUGGUGCGCAGCAGCCACUGCCCUACUCCCCCCGAGGCAUGGCCCUCUGUCAAGAAACACCCCUUGUGCAGCAAUGGGGACCACAGUGUUGACUGCAGGCCAGGGGUCGCCGAGCCGGGAGAGGAGCAGCUAGACGUGCAGCGCCCACGCCCCCCCAGCUCUCAGGCAGGGGGGACUGGGAGAGCGGUCAGAGCAGCAAGAAGGGCCAGCCUGGGUCCCAGGCCCAGGAGAAUGUGCCAGGGGCAGGUUGCUGGUGGAGGGGCCGGUCUGGAGGAGCAAGAGGACGAUGGCAGCGUGACACUGGGUGCUCUGCCCCAAGCCUCGCCAGAAACCGUGGUCCGUGAUUGGCUGAGCAACAUCCCAGAGGGGCCUGAGCCUGUGAAAUAUGAGACGGUAGAUGACAGCGUGGACGUAGCUGGGGAUGGCUUGGAAGGCCCCACGGAGGACCCUGUUGACAAACAUUACCCCCAAAGCCUGGAGGAGCCAACUCAGGCCAGGCAACUGUCCCUGGAAGGGGCCACCAGUGAGAAAGCAGAACCCGAGGGACCCCUCCCAGUGACUGGUGACACUGGUCCCCAGCCGGGAGAGGGUCUUUCUCACAGUGGAGUUUCAGAAGCCCCCACGGAGGCUGGAGCAGUUGGAGGAGCAGCUGGGGACUGUGGUGUGGGCCAGUGCGUGCUUCCCCUCAGGGUCUCUGCCCCCAUACAGAUCAUGAAAGCGCUGAUGGGCUCCAAGCAGGGCCGGCCCAGCAGCCUGCCCGAAGUGUCCGGCCCCGUGGGCAGCAGGCUCAGCCACUCCGCCCAGGCCCUCAUCACAUGCCUCGCCAGGCUCCACUUCUUCGAUCAAGAUCUUGGGUCUCCUGUUGGCAAACUGAGGUUCAUAGACUCUCCUCGGUACCAGGAGCUCCUGAGCACCUUCCAGGCCUUGUGGCCAGGGUGUGGCCUGGGGCCAGGUGAGCUGGACUCAGGCUUCCAGCAGUUCUGUAGGUGCCAGGCCCUGCCAGGCCUCAGGUCCCAGGCUGUGACUGAGGACUUCACACCAACAUCCUCUUCUGGUGUGGAUGUCGGAAGUGGUUCUGGAGGCUCGGGGGAGGGCAGGGGGCCCUAUGCCGUGGACUGCACCCUGGUCUCUGAGAGGAUAGAGCUGCCCUUGAAAAUCCCCCAACAGAGGCCUGAUUGCAGAACCUCAGAGAAGCCAGAGGAACUGGGAAGGCAGCAGCCAAGUGAUUGCAUGGCCUCCUCAAGUCCUCAAGCACAGGCUUGUGCCACCAGGAAGGACGAGGCAGAGGGAAGCAAUGGGGAGCAGACGCUGGGAAGUAACCCGGACCACGUAGUUGAGUGCAUAAUGCAAGAGGAGGCGGUGCAAUUAGAGAAAAUAACAGAAGAAAAAGAAAGAGCAGAACUGCAAGGAGAUGGUGGAUUUCCAGAAGAAGAAAGAACCACGGGACAAGAAUUGUCAGGGGCUGGCUCUCAGGAAGGGGUGGGUCCGGGGGACGAUGAGAGUGUGCAGGAAGAGGAAGCAGGAAGAGACCCUGCCUCCGCCAUGCUGCGCCCUGCAGGGAGGAGAGAGAUUCGGGCGGAGACCCUUGGGAGCCUCGAGAGGGACUCACAUGCCGGUGGGAGUCAAAGUGAUUCCAACACUGAGCCUGGUUUGGAGAAGCUGCCCAGAGCAGCUGGGACAGGCCAUGAGCAAACCCAGGCCAAGUUCACCCAGCGAACUGGAGAGAUGGGCCCUUCUACAGCUCGCAGGGUGUCUCCGGACCCUGAUCCCCUCUGGGUGUCCAGUCUGCUGAGGAAGAUGGAGAAGGCCUUCAUGGCCCACCUGGCCAGCGCCACAGCCGCACUCCGAGCCCGCUGCAGCCUGCCGGACCAUGCCCUGCUGGACCAGAUGGUGGCUGAGCUGCAGCAGGAUGUGGGCCAGCGGCUCCGGGACAGCACCGUGAAGGAGCUCCGGAAGAUCCAGAGCCGGGCAGGGAGGAAGGCACAGGGGCCCCCCAGGGUAGCCCUCAGGUGGGAGAUGUCCCAGCAGACAGAGCAGCGCAGGCAUCGUCUCCGGGGCCUGCGCAACCUCUCGGCCUUCUCCGAGCAGACCUGGGCCCAGGGCACCCCCUCCCUCUCCCUGGAGGACGGGCCAAACAUCAGUGGAGCCCUGGGGACCCUGCUGGAUGGCGAGGCCGAGGGGGAGGAGUUCUGUCCCUGCGAGGCCUGCCUGAGGAAGAAAGUGAUCCUUGUGUCCUCGAAGGACACAGUGGGCAUAGCCAGCCCACCCAUCAAAGAGGCCUUUGACCUACAGCAAAUUCUGCAGAAGAAAAAAGGAGCGUAUGCUAAUGGGGAGACAGCAGGGAUGGCCCCUGAGGAUACAGGGAUGGAGCUGCUUGAGAGGGACCCCUCGGGGACAGGGCCUAUCCAGGGAGCUGACAGAGGCCUGGAGCUGGGCUUAGGUCGGGGCACUGGGGCUGAGGAGGGGGAUGAGGAUGAGAGCAGCCAGAUCCUCGGCAGCGGGGAAGAUCCAGGGGGAGCAGAGGAGGGUGCAGCUGCUCAGAAGAGAGGAGAGAACACAGGCCCCUGUGCAGGCCACCACCUGGAGACAGCAGAGUGGGAGGCACAGGGCAUGGGGAACAGGGAAGGGGACACAGAGGAGGGCUCUGGGGCCAACCGAAGGCUGGAGAGCAACCAAAGUCCCGGUGGACAGAAUGAUGGUGCCGAUACCAUAGAGGCCCCAGAAACGGAAGGAGAGGGACAGCCAGCGUCGAGGGGAGGAAGUCAAGGUGAGAAAGAAGGGAGUCCACAGGCUGGCCUGAGGCAGGGCCAGGUGGGCGAGGCUUCUGGACACAGCAGCCCGGACCAAGAGGGGGGGCCCACACCAGCCCCUGCCCCAGGGGGGGACACGCCUGGCCAAAGGUCAGGCCCGAAAUCAGGUCUCUCCUCGUCCAGAACAUCGUCUCUGGGCAACUGCUCUCAGCUCUCCCUGAAAGGCUCUGAAGAGGAGCCUCCAAAUGGAGACAUGAGGACCUCUGGCUAUGAGCCCAAGGGAGUCCCUGGUUCAGAGAUAAAAGUCACAGGCAUGUAUCCAGAAAGCUCCACAUCUGAGCAAGAAGGGCCCUCCCCGGGCUCAAGGACUCCAGAGCGAGGGACAGGCUCAAGUCUGACCCCAGAGCCCAGAGCAGGCCAAGGCUCUGACUCAGAGGCCGAGAAGGUGGUUAAAUGUCUCUCUGGGACAGAAAGGAAGCUUAGAAACCUCACCAUGGACAGGACCGAUGGCUUUGGCCAAGACGAUUUAGAUUUCUAG